AAUCCAAUGCCGAAGUCGGCACGACACGAACCUGGUGUAGUAGGGUGCAACGAGCUGGGUUCAAUCUGCAAGGGGUCUCAGCGUGUCGGGGGCCACUUCCGUGGUGCACUAAGGCCGUCGUUUCGCGUUUUGAUUCAAGCGCAUGCCUGCUUGUCACGCGUACCGGCCAGCUCGUUGCAGGGAGCGUUCGCAAUUAUUUGUGCUUUGUUGUUUAUCAUCCUACUGGAUGCGCUAGGUUUGCACAUUCACCACGGUUCUGAGCCCAGGGCUUACUCUGUGCGCCGGGGUUGACUGACCUCGAACGGGACGAGGUGAUUCUCUGUGUGCUUGGUGGGAAUUGAGAAGUGGCACAACAUUUUAAAUCAAAUUAGGACACUUCUGCUCUUUGGAGGAUGCACACUUCAGCAGUGACACGGACUGUUUGAAAUCUAAUGCCAAGGACAUCUGUGACAGAACACGGGCAACUUAUCACGUAUUUUGAUACGUUCCCAUGUGUGGGUAAUACUUGGACGCGCGUGAUGUUUGAGAUGCUGACACAGAUUCACACGGGUGCGGCUUACCAUGAUGAGGCAUUGAUCAAAGCCAGAAUUUCGGGCGAAGGCGUUCGGGAUGCGUCACAAGUGAUUACCGUCAAUACCACAUUGACCAGUAUUUGGAGGAACACCGAAGGCCCUAGGGGCCUCAGACGGAGCGUAUCGUGCCAUAGUCAUAUUUCGACAGCCUUAAGCCGCGAUGCUGUCCUUGGUAACUUAUCAAUCGUCGAACGCUCAUGGGAUUGAAGCACAUCUUACACGCAGCGUUCGCGGUGCCCAAGACGGUUUGCAACAACUUGAUCGCUUCUACUUGGUACGGAGGAGCGACCCAAACAUGUCGGACUUGCACUAAAUAUGAAGACAUUGUUGAGGACACGCAUGGGGCCUCCUGUAAUCACAUUCUGUCAUUCCUUGGUGUGGACACGGGGCAUCCAGAUAUUCUUUCGCGCGCAUGACCCUCGAAGUGCAAGACAAGCUCCCUGGCGACGAUUGGAGCUCCAUCUGAAUGUUGAAGACGAAGGUGGGAGCGAGAGAGGGACUUCUAUCCAUCCGCGCGCCGCCCCCGCCGGAGUCUAAAGAUAUCUCUAUCAACGUGAAGAGGGAAACUGGCAUGGGUCUGGAGAUCUCGCACGCGGCGACCAACUACGGUGGGUGCUUUGUCUGACGAAUGUGCCCACGAGGCUUCAGACCCUGGAGGGUUCCUUAUCUGAUGAGGGUGGCGGUGACAUCCACGGCCAAGCCUCGGUUGGAGUUCCACUGGCCUCCAGACCCUGGGUCCCUCAUCUGAGGGUUCCUUGUCCGAUGCCCCCACAAUGCUUGAAGGUGCUGAAGAUCAAGGACGGCGGGGCCGCGGAGGAGCACAACAGAGCCAAUCCUGACCAAAACAAUUGAGGCAUGUGGCCACAUUACUUCGGUGAACGGUGUUUACGGCGACUCGAGGAGAAUGAUGGAUGAGUUUGAGAAGUCGCUUACUUUGCAGGUGUUGGUUGGCAAAUUGUCGCUGAGUGAUGCCCGAUACCGCAAACUCGAGCACAAGUGGCAGCCAGGUGUGUUCAUCAAUGUGAACGGGGACGGCAGUGCUUCUCUCGCGGGCGAGGGUGAUUGGAAUGCUCAAUGGAAGUUUGUGCCCACUGAUUCCUCCCUUUUCAGAAUCUUCAAAAGUUGGAGGGCCGACCACCACUUGAACAUUGGCGACGAUCUCAAAGUCUCAAUUUCAAACUCAGGGGGUUGGAGCGGCCAGUGGCGAUACUGUGACAUUGCGGACGGUUCCAGAUUCGAGAAUCGCUGGAAGGAGGGGUUCUAUCUGAACAUGAAGGCCGACAUGACCCUCGAAGUGCAAAACAAGUUCUCCGACGGCGAUUGGAGCUCCGAGUGGCUCUUGAUCUUGCCCACCUCACAAAUUAUAUACUACAAACCCGAGAAUAAAUGGACGUCAGGUGUGUACACCAUUGUCAACGAGGACGACACUAUAUUUCCCAUAAGCAAUAAUGGUUCAAAUGCCCAGUUAUUAGUCGUAUCCAAUGGUAAUGAUCAGUCCUGGUUUAAAAUCGUCAACCGUUGGCAGGCCGACCACUAUUUGAAUGUCAGCUACGAUCUCAAAGUCUUAAUUUUCUCAAAGCCUCAGGGUCAAAUUCAGGGGACUGGAGUGGCCAGUGGGAAAGGCAUGACACUGGGGACGUUGCCAGAUUCGAGAAUCGCUGGGAGCAGGGUUUCUGUCUGAACGCGAAGGCUGACAUGACCCUCGAAGUGCAAAGCAAGUUCUCCAACGGCGAUUAGAGCUCCACCUGGACGUUGGAGAAGCAGUGAGGAGGGCACCCGAGCGAUCGCGCACAACGUUUUCCGUUCAUGACGAUGCCUUUUCUUUCGUUCAUGACGAUGUGAGCUGCUGUGCUGCUCAAGUCCUUGGCCGCACUUUGGCAACAACAAGCAUUCUUUCGCGCACAGAAUCCGCCACCAUCUCCGCCAACCAGAGCGCUUUAACCCACGGGAGCCAUUCGCCUACUUGUGCGUUCGACGAUGAAGACGGAACGUUGGCUCACAGCCAUGCGGGGGCAGUUGUCCGAAAUCUGGGCUACGUGUUGUGAGCUCACUGGCUUCCAGAACGCGUCGUGAAGGAGUCGCGGCAACUUAGCGAGAGCGCGCGGACAAGCGAGGACGCGGAUGGGCCACAAAGUCAAUGCGUAUGCUUCACAGUGCAGGUUAUUGUCAAGCCAUGCGGCUUUAACUCAUAUGAGUGAUAUGUCUUAUGUGGUGCUGGAGGCGCCAACGACCCGCGUCAUAACUUCACCAAUGUGGCAUCCAUAAU